AUGAAGGGUUUUGUUGAAAACAUCGAAGACAUGACAACCGGGAACCGAAGCUUUCGUCAUGUUCUUUAUACCGGUUCACAUCUGCAACUGGUCGUCAUGUCACUCAAGGCUGGCCAGGAUAUCGGGGAAGAAGUGCAUCCCGGACGCGACCAGUUUUUCCGGGUGGAGAAGGGCAAGGGAAAAAUUGUCAUCGAUGGCAAAAGCCACAAGAUCGCGGCUGAUGAUGCCAUUGUCGUCCCGGCGGGCGCACGUCACAAUCUGAUCAAUACGGGCAAGAAAGCGCUGAAGCUCUACACGCUUUAUGGCCCGCCAAAUCACGUUGACAAGCUGGUUCAAGUCACCAAGUCCGAGGCAUUGGCGUCCAAAGAGCAUUUUUCAGGGAUCACGACAGAGCCGCGGGUCAACGGAAAGAGCCGUAACCACUCCAUCGCUCCAAACGUUCCCAUGUAG